CCUCCGGUGACACGACGCGUUCGUGAUCGCGACGGGAACAUGACGACGGGGAACUCGACGCUGGCUGUGCCGGACAAGAAGACAACCGUCGUUGACCUCUACCGCCCGCUCCGCCACUACAUCGCCGUCACCUACGGCGAGCGAGAGGCCCAGGAGGCAGAGGACGACCUCAACGCCGUCCGGCGGCUCCGCCUCGACCUCGAAAAGCCCAUCGAAGCCGUCGCCUCCGAUCUCCGUCGCGAUCUCCUCCUCAACUACUACCGCGCCCUCGCCUCCAUCGAGCCCCGCUUCCCCAUAUCCCCCGACCCCGCUCACGUCCACUCCCUCACCUUCACCUGGUUCGACGCCUUCAAGCCCUCAAAGAAGGUUGCGCAGACGUCCAUACACCUCGAGAAGGCGGCGGUCAUUUUCAAUCUAGGCGCUGUCUACAGCCAGAUCGCCCUAUCGGCGAACCGCACAGACGCUGCGGGCCUCAAACAGGCCUGCAACGCUUUUCAGAGCGCGGCAGGGGCGUUUGCCUAUCUUCGCGAUAACGCGGCUGCUAGGAUUUCUUCCACCGGUGGGGUAACCGUUGAUGUCUCGGUGGAAUGCGCCUGGAUGCUGGAGAAGCUAAUGCUGGCGCAGGCACAGGAAUGCUUCUUUGAGAAGGUUAUUGGGGAUGCCAAGCCCCCAACACUCUGCUCGAAAGUCGCGCGCCAGGUUGGCCUCUACUACGAGGAAGCUCAUGCUGCGCUCAAUUUGCCACCACUCAACCAGCACUUUGAUCGGUCUUGGAUUGCUCAUGUGCAAUCUAAGGCAGCACAAUUUUAUGCAGAAGCUAGCUAUAGAUGCUCUUUGGAUCUUCAUGAUAAGGAAGAAAUUGCGGAAGAGAUUUGUCGGUGGAGGACUGCGAUAAAUGCCCUUGCUGAUGCCAAGAAAUAUUCAAGGGGUGCUGCCCCACCUUUGCUAGAUGCUGUUAACAAACUGGAGACCAAAAUGACCAGUAACCUGGAGAGAGCUAUUAAGGAGAACGAACAGGUUUAUCUCAUGCGGGUUCCAGAUGCAAGUUCUUUGGCUGCUUUGCCUGCAGCCUCUCUUGUCAAGUCAAUGCCAUUGGCAGAAGUUUUAGAUGCUAGCAAGGAGGGACUAUUCUCAAGGCUUGUUCCAGACAACAACACCAAGGCUCUCUCUAAGUACACUGACAUUGUUGAUGACAUUAUUCGGACGCAAGCAGAGAAGUUACAGCAAGCCAGUGAGAUAGCAAGAGUUAGACUCAAAGAAAUGGACCUACCUGAUUCUAUCUUAGCAUUGGAAGGUAGCUUUGAUUUGCCCUUGGAUCUCAAGGAGGAUGUUGAAGCUCUUCAGAUCAGAGGUGGUCCCGCUGGGUUGGAAGCUGAGUUACAACAACUCAAAGAUUUGAGGAGAGUUAAUCAGGAACUCUGUAUUGAGAUUGAAGAGUUACUCAACAAGGAAGCUGAUGAGGAUGCACAUUUUCGAUCCCAAUUUGGUACAAAGUGGAAUAUACCUCAAUCAAGUAUCCUAACAAAGGGUUUGCAGGACAGACUGAACAAAUUUGCUGCAAACAUUAAGCAAGCUAUCAAUAGUGAUUCAAGGAUAGAGAGGGCUGUCAGAGACAAUUCCAGCCUGAUGGCAAUCCUCGACAACAAGCCGAUUGAAUCCGCAAUUCCAAAUCUUGCAAGGCCGAUAAUGUCUCUUGAUGGCAAUGAAGAUGCUAUAGUAGGAGCACUGAAACAAAGCUUGAGGCAAAUAGAGAAUCUAGGUGUUCAGAGGGCUGGUCUGGAAGAUAUGUUAAAAGAGAUGAAGAGAAAGGAUGAUAUACUACCAAAGAUGAUGGCAAACACUGGAUCACAAGAAGACCUCUUUAAGAAGGAGAUAUCUAAGUACGAUCAAAUUUGUGAAGAAAUUGUUCAAAAUAUUGAGGAACAGGACCAACUGUUGCUUCAAAUACAGGCACAAAAUGAUGAGUUCUCUGUCGUGUUUAAUCUUGAAGACUACAAAGCUGCUCGCGAGAAGAGCUUCAAACAGAUCUCUACUGCAAUAGCAAAAUAUCACGAAAUCAAGGAGAAUAUCAAUGAGGGGUUGAACUUUUAUGUUACACUUCAGGAUGCAGUAACAAUUAUAAAACAGCAAUGCAGCGAUUUCGUGAUGACCAGAAACAUUCAGUGCCGAGAAAUGGUUGAGAAUCUCCAGAGGCAGUCCAAUACUUAUCCACAAUCUGCUCCUCAGAGUGCUCCACCGCAUGCUGAGCAACCUCGACCUGGCUAUUCUCAUCUCUAUACAUCUUAUGCAACACCCCCGCAGACCAACCCCUACCUCAUUCCCAGUGGCCAGUAUCAGCCUUCUCUACAGCAACCCAACCGGCCAACUGCAUACCCUGGGUGGCGCGGAUCUUACUAUCCGCCUCAGCUGCAGGAGAGUCCAGCUCCUCCGCCACCAUAUACAACGCCAUCUCCUUAUCCACCACCGAAUCAAGGAAGCUACUACAGACCUCAGUGAAAAUUUCAUGUGGUCGUGCUCAUUUGUUCUCUGUAAUGCCAUCUUUAAAUCUGUUAUAAGGAGGAUGCCUAUAUGAUUCAUGCCUUGUGCAAAUGGAUUGUCUAAUUGUCCAUACAAGUUGUGGAUAUCUUAGAGCCAGGAAUCUGGUGGAAAACAAAGUUUGUAGAAUAAAUUGGUUUAUUAAUACAUGCACAUAUUUUAUUUUA